AUGGCUCUGCCCAUCGCGUGGGCCGCAGUCGGCGCCGGCACGAUCGCGAUGUCGCUGUUUAAAAGAGGCAGGAAGAAAGCUGGCGAGUCGUCAAACGCUGCAAAUCCCGCGCUCUCACCCGACACUGACGACAAGCCGUCACCGGAUUCGCCGUCGCCGUCAGCUGUUGCGGAAACAGACGGCGGCCGGCACGACGCGUCCAGUGACGGCACGAGUGAAACGGCCGGCGGCGAGGGGUCGACGCUGCGGAGGAGGCGGGGGAAAGGGGAAGGCGGAAGCGAGGUAGGGGGGGCAGCAGCGGAAGCGGACUCCCCGCGGGACAGUCGCGAAACGGCGGAACGCGGAGCAGUAAAUAGCGCGCCGAGCGCGGUGACUGACGAUACUGGAUCUGGGGAGGAUUCGCAGCCAGCAGCCGAGGCGACCGCGGGAGAAGAUGCAGGCGAUGAGGCGGGCGGUGCCAGCGAAUGCGGGGACGCGCAAGCGUCGGAAACUGCAGCGGAGGGAGCGGAGGACGAGCAGAGCGGCGUGGAGGUGGCUGGGGAAAGGCGAGAACAAACAGCGGAAGGGGAAGUCUUAGCAGCAGGAGCAGCAGAAGAAGCAGGGGAGGCAACUACAGCGGCAGCGAGUGCCUGCAGGGCAAAGGAUGAGCCAGGAGCGCAAGGCACGCCUGACGCGCAAGGCAAGGAGACUGCGGCUGAAUCCUCACCUAAGGCGGUGGAACCCCCCGCUGCACCGCAGACGAAGCCGCGCCAGCAGCCCCUGGGGGUGUUCGUCUUCUGGCUCGUUUUCAUCACCCUCACGGGGCUUAUAGCGGGGAUAUUUCUCCUGGCGCAGUUUCUGUUCCUGGAGGACGCGGGGCGGCGCGACUUCAUCUCCAUCCCGCCGCUCGUGCGCGCGCACCUGGACCGCGGCCAGACCAUCAAAGUCGCCGCGCCGGGCGCCGUGGCGGGCGGGGCGGGUGGUCACGGGCAGCAGGGGGAAAUAGAGGUCUUCGUGCGCGCGGAGGGGUGGGGGACAGGCCGGGGGAGGAGAUGGGGCGCUGACGGCGGAGGUGGCGGGAGCGGUGGGGGGCAGGCGGGGGAGGGGCGGGGUAAGGAAGUGGUGGUGCUGCUGCAUGGGCUGGGCGGCAGCUCGUUCCUGUACCGUGACGUCAUCACUCUCCUCGCUGACCGGGGGCUCAGAGCACUCGCUCUUGACCUCCCAGGGUCAGGUCUAUCCACCAAAUUAACCUCAGAAGAAGAGGGUGCAGCAGCAGUGUACCCUGCGCACCAGCUCGCGCGGAUCCUGGACAGGGUGCUAGAGGCCCUUGGGAUUGCCGAGCCGGUGCACCUGGUGCUGCAUGAUACGGGCGGUGUGGUCGGCACGUUGUGGGCAGCGGACAACGUGCAACGAGUGAGAAGCAUAACGCUCAUCGACACACCCAUGGAAGACCCCUUUGCUCCCGCCUUCCCCCCCGCGUGGCUCCUCCGCUACCCCCACCUCACUGCCCUCGCUGCCCGCUCUGUCUUCCCCGUUGCUGCCCUCCUUGCCUCGUGCUGCGUCAGCGCUCGCGUGGCCGAUGACGUGGCGCGGGCCCACGCGUACCUGCUGCAGGCGCAUGGGGGCAUCCACGCUGCCAUGCUGGCGCGCCAGCAUGGCAAUCUGACGCAUGACAUGGCGCGGACUGUGCAGCGGCAUGCAGAGAGGGCGCUGGGUCGGGUGCCGAGGCAGCUGCUUUGGUCCGGGGAGGCGGAGGAGCAGGGCGAGGAGGUUCGGUCGCACUGGCCUCUGGCAGACUUCCACCUGCAUGACGGCAAGCGCUGGCCCCAGGAGGACCAUCCAGGGGACAUAGCCGAGGCGAUUGCGAGGUUCGUAGCUGCCCAGCCUCCACUGCCUGCAGGAAAGGGUGGUGGCAAGGAGCACAGAAGCAGGCCUGCUGCUGUUGCUGGUGCAGGAAAGGCCAAGGGGGGAAGUGUACACCACCACCACCAUGGGGUUUAA